AUGUGGCAGGAGGCGAUGCGGCGCCGCCGCUACCUGCGGGACCGCGCCGAGGCGGCGGCGGCGGCGGCGGCGGCGGCGGGCGGCGGCGAGGGGCCGCAGCGGUCCCGGGACUGGCUGUACGAGUCCUACUACUGCAUGAGCCAGCAGCACCCGCUCAUCGUCUUCCUGCUGCUCAUCGUCAUGGGCGCCUGCCUCGCCCUGCUCGCCGUCUUCUUCGCGCUCGGGCUGGAAGUGGAGGACCACGUGGCGUUUUUAAUCACAGUCCCCACCGCCCUGGCGAUUUUCUUUGCCAUCUUCAUCCUGGUGUGCGUGGAGGCCGUGUUUAAGAAGCUGCUCCGCCUCUUCUCCUUGGUGAUAUGGAUCUGCCUGGUGGCCAUGGGGUUCUUGUUCAUGUGCUUUGGAGGCACCGUCUCUCCCUGGGACCAGGUGUCCUUCUUCCUCUUCAUCAUCUUUGUGGUGUACACCAUGCUGCCCUUCAACAUGCGAGACGCCAUCAUCGCCAGCGUCCUCACCUCCUCUUCCCACACCAUCGUGCUGAGCAUCUGCCUGUCUGCAUCGCCAGGGGCCAAGGAGCAUCUGGUCUGGCAGAUCCUGGCCAACGUGAUCAUCUUCAUCUGCGGGAACCUGGCGGGAGCCUACCACAAGCAGCUCAUGGAGCUGGCACUGCAGCAGACCUACCGAGACACCUGCAACUGCAUCAAGUCCCGGAUCAAGCUGGAAUUCGAGAAGCGUCAGCAGGAGCGGCUGCUGCUCUCCUUGCUGCCAGCUCACAUUGCCAUGGAAAUGAAGGCGGAGAUCAUCCAGAGACUGCAAGGCCCCAAGGCGGGCCACAUGGAGAACACGAACAACUUCCACAACCUGUAUGUGAAGCGGCACACCAAUGUCAGCAUCUUGUACGCCGACAUCGUGGGCUUCACCCGGCUGGCGAGUGACUGCUCCCCAGGAGAACUGGUCCAUAUGCUGAAUGAGCUCUUCGGAAAAUUUGAUCAGAUUGCAAAGGAGAAUGAAUGCAUGAGAAUUAAAAUCUUAGGAGACUGCUAUUACUGUGUGUCCGGACUCCCCAUAUCUCUCCCCAACCAUGCCAAGAACUGCGUGAAAAUGGGACUGGAUAUGUGUGAAGCCAUAAAGAAAGUCAGGGAUGCCACUGGAGUUGACAUCAACAUGCGUGUGGGAGUGCAUUCUGGGAACGUGCUGUGCGGUGUGAUUGGUCUGCAGAAAUGGCAGUACGACGUGUGGUCACAUGAUGUCACAUUGGCCAAUCACAUGGAGGCUGGCGGAGUCCCUGGACGUGUCCACAUUUCUUCAGUCACCCUGGAGCACCUGAAUGGCGCCUACAAGGUUGAGGAGGGAGACGGUGACAUCAGGGACCCGUAUUUGAAACAGCACCUGGUGAAAACCUACUUUGUCAUCAACCCAAAGGGAGAGCGGCGGAGUCCCCAUCUCUUCAGACCUCGCCACACCCUCGACGGAGCCAAGAUGAGGGCGUCUGUGCGCAUGACCCGGUACCUGGAGUCCUGGGGUGCGGCCAAGCCCUUUGCACACCUGCAUCACAGAGACAGCAUGACCACCGAGAAUGGCAAGAUCAGCACCACGGAUGUACCAAUGGGUCAGCAUAAUUUUCAGAAUCGCACCUUAAGAACUAAGUCACAAAAGAAAAGGUUUGAAGAAGAAUUGAACGAAAGGAUGAUUCAAGCAAUUGACGGAAUCAAUGCACAAAAGCAAUGGCUCAAGUCUGAAGAUAUCCAAAGAAUCUCACUGCUUUUCUAUAACAAAAUACUCGAAAAAGAAUACCGAGCCACGGCACUGCCGGCAUUCAAGUACUACGUGACCUGUGCGUGUCUCAUAUUCUUCUGCAUCUUUCUCGUGCAGAUUCUCGUAUUGCCAAAAACGUCCAUCCUCGGGAUUUCCUUUGGAGCUGCAUUUCUCUCGCUUGCCUUUAUCCUUUUCGUCUGCUUUGCUGGACAGCUUUUGCAAUGCAGCAAAAAAGCCUCCGCGUCUCUCCUGUGGCUUUUGAAGUCCUCAGGCAUCAUCGCCAACCGCCCCUGGCCGCGCAUCUCCCUCACGGUCAUCACCACGGCCAUCAUCUUAACCAUGGCUGUGUUCAACAUGUUCUUCCUGAGUGACUCAGAGGAAGCAGUCCUUCCAACUGCCAAUGCUUCAAACACGAGUUUCCCUGCCUCGAGCAACCAGGCAGCGAUUCUGCGCGCACAAAGUUUAUUUUUCCUCCCGUACUUCAUCUACUGCUGCAUUCUGGGCUUGAUCUCCUGUUCGGUUUUCCUGCGGAUAAAUUAUGAGUUGAAAAUGUUGAUCAUGAUGGUGGCCUUGGUGGCCUACAACAUCCUCCUGCUCCACACCCACGCCCACGUCCUGGACGACUACAGCCAGGUCUUGUUUGAGAGGCCAGGCAUUUGGAAAGACCUGAAGACCAUGGGCUCGGUGUCUCUGUCUAUAUUUUUCGUCACUCUGCUAGUCCUGGGAAGACAGAAUGAAUAUUACUGUAGGUUGGACUUCCUGUGGAAGAACAAGUUCAAAAAAGAGCGGGAGGAGAUAGAAACCAUGGAGAACCUGAACCGUGUGCUGCUGGAGAACGUGCUUCCGGCCCACGUGGCUGAGCACUUCCUGGCCCGAAGCCUGAAGAAUGAGGAGCUGUACCACCAGUCCUACGACUGUGUCUGCGUCAUGUUUGCCUCCAUCCCGGAUUUCAAAGAAUUCUACACCGAGUCGGAUGUGAACAAGGAGGGCCUGGAAUGCCUGCGGCUCCUGAAUGAGAUCAUCGCCGACUUUGAUGAUCUGCUGUCCAAGCCAAAAUUCAGUGGAGUUGAAAAGAUCAAGACCAUCGGCAGCACGUACAUGGCAGCGACGGGUCUGAGUGCCGUGCCCAGCCAGGAGCAUGCCCAGGAGCCCGAGCGGCAGUACAUGCACAUUGGCACCAUGGUGGAGUUUGCUUUUGCCCUGGUGGCCAAACUGGAUGCCAUCAACAAGCACUCCUUCAACGACUUCAAGCUGCGAGUGGGCAUUAACCACGGACCUGUGAUCGCUGGUGUCAUCGGAGCCCAGAAGCCCCAGUACGACAUCUGGGGCAACACGGUCAACGUGGCCAGCAGGAUGGACAGCACCGGAGUCCUGGACAAGAUACAGGUGACCGAGGAGACCAGCCUCAUCCUGCAGACGCUCGGGUACACAUGCACCUGCCGAGGGAUCAUCAACGUGAAGGGCAAGGGGGACCUGAAGACGUACUUUGUCAACACAGAAAUGUCAAGGUCCCUCUCCCAGAGCAACGUGGCCUCCUGAAGAGCAGGAAGACGGACGUCCAGGAGGGACAGCGCACUCCGACUGCACCUCCUGGCCCUGGUGUUCAGUGUGCGUGCCCUGUUCUGUCCCUCCGGAUUCCCGCGAAUUGUUUCUGUGACCCGGCGGCGUACCGUUCGACGUCUGACCUGUGCCCACACCAUUCUGUCACUCCCACUGUGCUUACUCCUAAGCAGAGGCAAAGAGGAACGCAUGGUGGAAGAGAAGCGUCCAAAGAGCAGAGAAGUGAAACAGACACAAAUUCUUAAGGCAAUAAAACGAGGGGGUGUACAUUAUCUUCUGGUGCAUGUUUUCUGGAGAAUACGUUCGCUCCCCCACCGCAUCCACUAGUGUGCUGCUCCGACAUGCAGUAUUUGUGAAUAAGCCCAUCCCGUCGCCCCACCUGGGGUUCCUGCUCACCCUGUGUCUCGUCGCCAGCUGGGACCCGCAGCUCUCGUCACCUUGCUCUGUGUUUCAUGCCAGCAGCAUGUUGCCGUCAA